AUGAACAUUUUUACCUCAGGGUAUCUUGAUACCCUUGCAAGAUACAGUGCAAGAUACCCUGAGGUAAAAAUGGACUUGAAUGUGUUUGCGAGGACGGACCAACUCGAGGUGCCUCUGCAAGAAUAUUACCGAAGAAACGUCAGGAAAGAGUCAGACAAACGCGAAGUGAAAAACGCUUUGCAGUCCACGAUAAAAGACCUUCUUGAAUUCAUCCACGGCCGGGACAAGCUGUUUGCAAAUUACUUCAUCCAGGUGGGGAGUACCGCGGACCGAACCAAGGCGGAAGCACUGAAUGAACUGGACGUGCUCGUCCCUCUCCAGAAGGACAAGUUUCGCAUCGCUGCCGUUGAUCACCAUUUGAACCUGUUUGAAGUAGACGAGUAUGUCGGUGGUUCGUGGAGAGGCCUCUCUCACGAUGAAACCAUUAUGAGGUUGUUUAAUCUGGUAAAGGAAUAUAAAGAAAUUUACUACAAAGAUGAUCAUCGCUUUCAAGUUAGAAAGAAGAAGGUAACAGCUUCCGCCCUGCCUCUGAUGAUCAACUGGAUAAGUGUGGAUAUGGUGCUUUGUGUCAAAAAUGCUCUCUUGUUCUCGGAUGUGAAAUGGCUUUACCCAAGUUGGCUCAAUGGCAGGUCCAGAUGGUUGAGCUAUGAACAACAGGAGCAAGUGAAGAGCUUUGGGAUAGAUAUGACGUGCCAGGGAAUACAUUGGAGGCCCUCCUUCUCAAGGAUCGAUGCCUUUUUAUUUGGAGAAGUAGAUGGGAAAGGUGGCUACCGUAAAAAGGCCUUCAAAAUCUUAAAAUCUCUCAAUAAUUACUAUUGGACUGUGGAUCAAUUGUGUGAGGGCUACAAAGGGAAGGCAAGACCGUUUCUCAACUCCUUUUUUAUGAAGUUUCUGUACCUACACACCAGAGAAAAAUAUCCAGAGCCUCAUCACUGGGAUUCACUGGCAAAGUCAUUUUGCAACUUUUUGGAUGUCUUAAAUGACUGUUGUAACCAGAAGUGUCUGUAUCACUACUACCAAGCUGAUGUUAACCUUUUUGAGUGUGUUGCCGAUAAAACCUUCAAAUGGUUGCAAGGAAAAAUACACGAUAUCUUGGAAGAUCCAGAAAAUGAGAUUGAAUAA